AUCCAAUUCAUGAUUCAAAGAAGAAUAGAAAAAGGCAGUAAAUACGAAAUUACCCGGUAUAAACAUUAAUAUGCUGCGUCUGUUGAUAACUUAUAUUCUCACUCACAAUCAUUUCUUUUCUUGAUCGUUCCCACCAUUUUCGUCCUCACAGGGAUGGAAGAGGAGAAGAUAUUGGAUGAUCAUUUGACAUCUGCUGCAGCUUUUGUGGAAGGUGGAAUUCAAGAUGCAUGUGAUGAUGCUUGCAGCAUAUGCCUUGAAGUAUUUAGUGAAAGUGAACCUUCAACGGUUACUAUCUGCAAGCACGAGUUUCAUCUUCAGUGCAUUCUUGAGUGGUGUCAAAGAAGUUCCCAGUGCCCCAUGUGUUGGCAACCGAUAACUUUGAAAGAUCCUAGCAGCCAGGAAUUGCUUGAUGUGAUAGAGCGUGAAAGGAGUAUCAGGGCAACUCCAUCUAGGAAUACUGCAAUAUUUCAUCAUCCAGCCUUUGGGGAUUUUGAAUUACAGAAUUUACCAGUUGGUGGAAAUGAUGCUGAACUUGAAGAUCGUAUAAUUCAACACUUAGCCGCUGCCGCCGCCAUGGGAAGAGCACGCCAUUUUGCUAGGAGGGAAGGGCAGAGGACUAGAUCAUCUGUUCAAGGCCGUCCUCAUUUUCUGGUGUUCUCAACUAAUUCUAAUGCAGCUUCGGCCACUGCUUCCUCUUCUCCAACUGAGAGAGGGGAGCGUGAAACUGAUUCUUCAAUCACAGUAAGUGGCUCUCCUCUUCCAUUAGGGAUGAGUGAAGAUUCUGUGCAGUCAACCCCACCAAGUUCCGUUCAGUCUGCUCAGGCAUCUGGAUCGAGAGCUAAUCGGGAAAAUCAUCAUGGCACGUCACCCUAUAGAUCUUCAAGUCAAUCCUCCCCAAAUAGUCAGGACAGAGUGGGGCCUUCUGAAUUUCAGUCAUUUUCUGAAUCUGUGAAAUCUCGAUUUAAUACAAUUUCAUCCAGAUAUAAAGAGUCAAUUACAAAGAGUACAAAAGGCUGGAAGGAGAAAUUAUUUUCCCGCAACAGCUCUGCAACCUAUUCAGGUUCUGAAGUUAGGAAGGAAAUUAAUGUAGACGUUGGCAAUGUAUCACGAAUGAUGGAACAUCUUGAAACUAACAUCAACAAUCACUCACCUAGUAUUUCUGUAUCAACUACCUUGGAGGGUAGGCCGGUUCCUGAGCGUAGCAACCUGCACACUAGCGAGACGGAUGGCAACACUUCAUUGAAGGAGAGCGAUCUACAAGCUUCAUGUGCUACAACUUCUGCUUCAGAUUGAUCACGUGCAGCACCUUACCGGAUAUAUAAUUAGGACUGCUGUGGCCGUGAUGACUUCUUGCCUGUAGUCAAGACGGUAAUGUUCUAUAAUUUAUACAAAGGAGCAGCCAUUGAUGUCCAAUAUAAGUAGGUGAAUUUGACAGGCUGCGGACUUUAAAAUGAGUAUAUAUAACUUGCAACUACUGUACAUUUUUUUUGUUUUUGUGUCUUUGAAGUCUAUUUUAGUAUACUUCACUUUAAAUUGUUUCUUAAGUGAUUUGAUCAAAACAAAAUAUAUACAUCUCUCGAUGACGAAUGAUAUCUGUUGGGAGUGUACAUAAAUGAUCACAAUUUUCAUGCUGUAUGUUAAUGUCCAAAUCAUCAUAAGUUCACCAUUUUUGUGUACAAGAUGUUUUAAUCUCUA